UGGAAGCGAGUAUAAAUACGAACCCGGGAGCUGCCGGGUGCAUGCAGUAUUCUAUCGCCGUUCGCUGAUUCGUGAUCCUCCUGUGAGUCGUUCGUUCCUUGUGGUUCUUUGUUGUUUUUCUGCAUCUCGCGCUCCUUCCGCUUGGUCCGAGGACCUCGUAUCCUCGUCCGGAGAGGCAGCCCCAGCAUCAGCACCAUCAACCCGUCCAAGCCCCGUGCCGAACGUCCUGGCAGAAGCUACCCCCUCAAUCAACCAAAUAUCCACGCCUCGCUCGUCCUGCUUCCGGUGCACCAUGUCGGCGAAAAUGGUGACGCUGCUGAUGGUGUUGUUGAGCGUAUCGAUCAUGCUCCUGCAUGCCGCACCACAGGCAGAGAAGUACGAGGCCUACGAGUACAAGUACGAGGUGAAGGAUCCGGAGAAGCAACUAUUUUUCGACAAAAAUGAAGCCGGCGAUACGGCGGGCAAGGUGACGGGCCGAUACUCGGUAUGGCUGCCGGAUGGAAGACUCAUGACGAUCAAGUACAUCGUGGACAAGGAGGGAGGCUUCCAGCCGGAGGUUGACUUCCAGGACAAUGCCAACCCGCUGUCGGGCUAGGACCGAUGAAAGUCAGGAGCGUAGCUGUGCUGUGUGUGUUUCUUUCUCGUCUGCAUCGUGUACACCGGUUGUGCGACAACUAGUUUGAUGUACGGUGGGCGUCGUCUGCUGUCGAAUUGGGUGACCAGAUCCGAACUCUAUCCAAUAUCCCGCGCUGUCACCGAUAUACGCUGGAGAUGGUGGUGAUUUUGUAAAUAAGAUUGCAAUGUAAACAAA